AUGGCCAAUGAACCUGUCAUUCUUAAUGUGUACGACAUGUACUGGAUAAAUGAAUACACCUCCAAUCUGGGCAUUGGCGUUUUCCAUUCAGGCAUUGAAAUCUACGGCAGAGAAUUUGCAUAUGGUGGACAUCCCUAUCCGUUCAGUGGCAUCUUUGAAAUCAACCCUGGCAAUGCUGCUGAGCUCGGAGAGACGUUCAAGUUCAAGGAGGCCAUUGUUCUGGGCACCACAGACUUCACAGAGGAGGACAUCGAUAAAAUCAUGGAGGAGCUGGGCAAGGAGUUCAAAGGGAACGCCUAUCACCUCAUGCACAAAAACUGCAACCACUUCUCCUCCUCGCUGUCAGAGCUGCUGUGUGGGCGUGAGAUCCCACGCUGGGUGAACCGCCUGGCCUACUUCAGCUCCUGCAUCCCGUUUCUCCAGAGCUGCCUGCCCAAAGAGUGGUUAACGCCGGCCGCGCUGCAGAGCCACAUCAGCAUGGGCCUCCACAAGGACGACCAGCGGGACUCCAGCGACGAGGACCCUAACUCUCCAUCGGGGGGCGCUGCCACCGGUUGCUCCUCUCACGGCUGCAGACACACCAGGGUUUGA